UUCGAGGGAGACGCAUCUCUCUUCCGUGGCUCGUAUGCGCGACACCGGUACCGCACGUUGCGUCGUCUUACAACAAACACGCUUAUUGUAAAUAAUUCCGACGAUCGUUAACAGUCGACGCACACUCGUAUCAUCCGAAAGAGAAAACAUACACGCACGCAGAGUGAUCGAGUCCGAAAGUGUGGCACGUACGGUGACCGCGUUGCACGAGGGUGAGAGGGCAGGGGAGAGAGAGAGAGGACAGAGAACAGAGAACACGGGACAAAGAGGGAGGGAAACGCGAAGAAAAAGCUCUCUCUCUCUCGCUCUUUCUCUCUCUCUAUCUCGACUGCCUUGCCGGCUUUCCACGGCCACGAAUCGAUACCACGCGACCGUCGCCGCGUCGGUCGUUCCUCUCUCUCGACCUCUUCUUCGCCGCCACGAGUGUACGACCACUCGCCCCGUCGAUUUUUUCCCUCCUGGACGAGCUUAAUCGCUCGUCGACGUUUCCUCCGCCGUUCGGCCUCGAUCCGAAUCGAGAAUCGAAACCGCUCCGGGGGCUGGAUCGAUGAAACCCGCCAAAACGCCGCAUCCCCGUCGCGUUUCGACCACGCGAGGAUAAAAGACGUGAAAAGGUGGUUCGGUGUUGGCAGUGCGCGUGGAUCGAAAACCCCUCGAAAAAGGGAACGUUGUCAGUGUUUUUGUUCUGUUCCUUUGGAUGGAUUUCUGGCCAGUGCGUAAUCCUUCUGGUGUGACACGUGACGGUCAACGUUUCUUUCAUGGUGUUCUUUUCGCUCGUCCGUUCGACCGACUGGCCAAGUGGUACCUGUACACAAGAACGUUUGCACGGAUCGUCGAAAACAGCCAAUAAGCGACCAAGAACGUGAUGGCAAUGGCAUGUAGCUGCCACACACUUGGCGUGACGUGCCGUACCUCAAGCAACGAAACAAAGGUUAAGUCCACCAGGGGCUGUGAUGAGGGAAGCCGGUUAAAGGACCCUGUGUCGCGCAGGCGCCGGUAGGAGUACAGGAAAGAUGCUGCCUUCCUCGAGAGCUUUAUUAAGCUCGCUGCUGCUUCUAAUCAUUGCUGGAAGCACCGGUGCCUUCAGCUCCCGACAAGGAGAAUGCACGUUUCCGUUGAAAUGGGAGGGGACGUGGUUUCAGAGCGGAGUCAGACAACCUAUCGUCAUCUCCAAGAACGAGCUGUCCAGCAAGGGCAGGUGUCUGCACAACGAGGGCGACAAAUUUCUUCUGGUGGACCAAAAAUCCUGCUACCGUUGCGUCGUCAUUCACGAGAAGCACUCAAACGUUCUCCAGUACAAAGAAACUUACUGUCACGGCAGAAACUCCCUCGCCUCCCUGUGCUCGUACAUCACCGGAGAUGCUCUGCUAUAUUCGAUGUUCCGAGAAGAGGCAACACCUGUGCCGUGCCCUUUUCGAGGCCCUAUGACCUUUUCGUAUAACCGGGGUUACGGAACCUGUUCUGUACCCGUCAGCAACGUCGACACCUGCACGGACGACAGCAGAUUGCUCUUCAGAUAUCAGGCAUGCCCUGACAUAUCCGCCUCUGAAAGCGCAGUGGAGGAGCUAGAAUGUCUGGCUACUUGGAAGGAGGGCAGUAGCCGCUACCUGGUCGGCCGUUUACAUCACGGACACGCGUCCAGUAACGAAGAUCGAUACCGAUGCUUCGUCUACGAGAAGGCCGGGCAGACAGUGCAGGGUAAUCUGCACAGAGCUGCCAUGGGCAUGGGAGCCAUGGAUCACGAUGUCGGUUUACAGAGCGGACCGGUGCCCGAGGGCGCGGCCGAGAUAUACCGGGUGGCACAGAGCGGGGAUGCCACUUGCAACGGCCUGUUCAGCCCCAUGGAAGGAUCUCGUACCAUGACUCUCAGGAAAGUCUCACCGCCUGGCCAGUGCAGAUUUCCCAAUUGGUUGACCGGCCAUUCCAGCGGUGGACUAACUUGGCACACCCUGGACCUGACCAGGUCUUACACGUUCCAUCCACGGAACGCUUCCCUGCACGUCACCAGAUCGAACAGCAGCUCCUCGAGGUUCGAAAGCGGACCCUUGGAUGGACAGUACGUUGCUGGUCAGGAAGAUCAGGACGUGAAGAUCCUCUGCAACAGCAUAAAGCAAUCCAGUUCUGCACAGCCGGUCACUAUGAGCAUGCUGGUUGCGCAUUUCACCGUUGGCUGUCGGAGCGGUUUUAUGUGCAUGACAUUCUACCGGAGGGACGGCCAUGUGAUAGAAGUGCAAACCGGAAGUGCCGUUUCGAGGCCAGAAGAGGCUUGCAGCCCUCCCCAUUUUCAGCAGCACAACAUACCCUUCCUCACCUUAGUCACAAGUUCCCCUGAGCCACGCAACUGCCCGUACCUCGGCAAGUUCACAGUAACCGGCGUGAACCGAAACCAGCGUAACAUCCGUGAGAGUCGUAGAAACCAGCACCAAGACGGGGUGAGACGCGACAGGGAGAAGGUUCGACACGCCCAAGAGCGUAGUCAGGAGGACCGCCGAAGCCGGAAGCUGGAUUUCGAGGCGGAGAAACGUCGCGCGAACAACGAGUACUUGGUCCACGAGCGAAUGGGCAGACGAGCCAGGUCGAAUCGCAACAGCAGAAGUCAUCGAGAUCACAGCCUCGAAGAAGCGUCCUCGAAGCGUAGUCUGGACAUCGAGGACCUCUUACUGGAGCGCUCGUGGUCGAAGGUGAGAAGAUCGGACGUACAACGAACGACCGAGAUUGCUACAAGGUCGAAGGUCAGGAAGACGCGAGACCUUGAAAGAACGCGCAAGAAAACGAAGAGAAGCCCGAAAAUGGAGGAUUUCCGGGUGGACGCGGACGAUUUCGCGAUAAUCAGGCAAUUCUGGACGACCGAUUUCGACGACGAUGGAUCGAGCAUCCUGGACGUUCAGGACGAUUACUUCGGCGAUUACCCGGACACUGCGGACCUCCCCAAAAAGAGGUCCGACCUGCAGGAAAUGACGUACGAGGUUCUCGGUAGGACGAGGAGAGACGUCGAGGAGUUGGACGAUGGUUCCUUUGAAAAGAGAGAGAAAAGGGAGGAGGAUAUUUCGAGAUGCAGCUCCGAAGUCACUACUAUCACCAUUGGGUGCUCUACCGCAGACAGAAUGGAGUUCCAGACGGACUGCGUCGAAGACAACGCGAUUGCUUACUCGUGCCACGGUAGAUGGUUCGACGCCGAGGGCACCCAGUUCGUGAUCGCCACCCAACUGGCGCCAGGCACCACCUGGACCAACGAGAACAACAGACCUCAACCCUAUAGGAACAGCCGUAGAUUGUGCUUCAUGUACAAAGAAAGCGGCGGAGUUGUCAGUUUGACUGCCAGCGAGGUGGCCUGUCAAAGAGGGAUACCCCCGCCGCCUCCGAUGUUGGCCUUCAACGUUACCAGCACCGGUCAAUGCAUGGAAGAGAACAGGGGCUUCGUUGCUCGAUCGACGUACCUGAUGAUCGUCAUCCUGACGGCGGUCGUCGCGAUAUACAGGUGAUUCUAAUCGAACGGAACGAUCUCGCGACCGUUAAACCAACCUUUGUAAUCUACAUUACUGGACACCGUGCUUGGGUGACGAAACAAGGUGGUACACGUGUAUAAAAAAAUCUAUAUAUAUAUUAUAUAUAUACAAUCGCCUUGGUCGCGAGUCACCGAAGAGGAUCGGUCGAGCGUGCGGGCCAGCAGGGAAGAGACUGCUCGAAGAGAAGCUGAGAUCGAUUCCUUGGGAUCGAACGCUCGUGUCCGUAGCUCUUGCUAGCCUCUCUGAUCCGUCGGGUGAAAUUCGUGCUCGUAGCAGAUUAUUUCAUUGAACGGGCGCGGAAGAAAAACAGAGGACAACCCUGAAGAAACAAAGAGAGUGGUCUAGUCGAGAUUGGCGUUCCUUCCAGAGGACAGGUUAUACACUGUGAUUCCGAUUCGACACCCAGCUACAGCGACUGUACUCGUCUGUAAUAAAGAGACAACAGACGAAACUCUUGAUUCUUUCCGUGUAAGAGGUGGUCCCGCUUCGUCCAGGCUCACCGACACACGGGAGAAAUAAGAGGAUGGAAGGUCGUCGGUGUAUCCGAUCAAGAUGAACGUUUUCUGGAUAGGAGGAAAAAAGGUUGGAAGAAAGGAUGCCGUUGAAAGGAAGUUCCGGAAGUAGUAGGAGGAACUGUUUGUUCCUGGACGAAGUUCGAGGGUAGCGGGGGCUCGUGAUUCGAGCGCGAAUUUCCCCUGGCCAGUAGGUUUUUUUACCGAUGUAGCUCGUAGGCACUAGCUAAUUAAAAAUCAGGUAAAGCUAACGAAGUACAUUACACGACGUUUCGUUUUCUUUUCAUUUUUAUUUCCUUUUUUAUUGUAUGGUUAGACCAUAUCACGAGCGAGAUUACGGCGCACGAUCGAUCGGGCUCUCGAGAACAGUUGAGUCUCGUUUUUUAGUUAGUAAGACGAUCGACCCACCUGGUGGUCGAUAUCUUUUAAGGUAGAUACUACGUAGGGAAUAAGCUUUAAUAAGGGAAAGCGAGGAGAACGGUUUACACGGCAAAUAUGUUUUGCAUCGGAUUCCCUUCUUUCUUUGCGUCGAGCACACUGUUCAGCGAGUGUAUCGUGUAUUUUGUAAGCUGUAAUUAUAACACUGUUUAGAUAAAGGAGAUGUAGUGUGCUCGAGAACGCUCGAAACAUUCGCGAAGCUUUCACUCCACAACCAAACUGAAUUCGUACAUUUUCAAAACGAUUUAAUCGACUCGAAUUAAUCGACACUUUGGCUGCAGAUAUUUAAGGGUUGAUCUUUUUAUGUACCUUCUUUACGUGGAUGUUCAACAGUUACAUUGUUCCUUACCCUUUAAUUUCUUGCUAAUUUAAGACAAGAUAAAGUGACGCAGAACCUGAAGAAAGAAAGUACUUCAGGUUUAAGUCCGAAUUAACCCGAACAUCAUCAGAGUGGUAAUUGGAAGCCAUAGUGUCGAAUGUUAAAUCCAUAAGCAAACAGAUGCAGUUCCAUCCGAUUGGAUCUAAACUCGCCUCGAAUGGGUUUUUUGGGCAACGCAGACAAGCCCCAGGCGAAAUUCAAUUACCACGCAAAAUAUUAGCGAACAUAUUAAAGGUUGAUUGCUCUGCAGCUGUUAUGUAAUAGCUACAAAGGGCUGUUAGCCGUGUUAUAGCUGAAUGUAUGCCGUAACUAUUAUAUAAUAGCUGUAAUAGCCGUUGGCUGUUUUAAUAGCCAACCGACGAUAAGAGGCGAAGGAGAAAACGUAUUUCAAAGCUUUUCCGGCUAACGAAGCUUGUGUUAUUUUUCUAUCGUAUACGAUUACAAACAAAAAAAGGAAUGGACAAUGGCGUCGCUCGUUCGCGAUGUUUCGAGCGUUCGAAAUAAAAAAUGCUCGAUAGUUUGGGUUUAUUCAAAAUACGAGGGUCAUUCAAUAAAUAGAGACAAACAAAAGUAGCUUUCAAAUGGUUUUCUCCGAUGAAUGUAACAAUUUGUGAGCUUUUCGGUAUAAUCCCUUUCUCGUAAUUAAACUAUUGUUUCGUUACUUAAUUGGUUUUUCAAUCACUUUUGGACAUUUACAAACUUUUCCGAACUCUCGAAUUCAGAAAUUUUUAACAGAGGAGUUGGAAAACAAAUUAGCCAGGUCUAACCUCAGCGAAUGACUUCGGACUGCGUCGAUAUCUUCAAAAUUAAAAUAACAGUGUUUUAUUCAUCUAAUAUUUGAAGUUAAUUAAAAAGCACGAAUAUCCAUUGAUCAAACAAUUGUCUAUAUUUAACAAGAACAAUAUAUGUUUUAGAAAUGGCUGUUCUCUAACUACGACCGUUUGCCUUUUAAAUUAUUGAAUGAUCUCCACUUGUACAGGUGAAAAUUGCUGCCGGGUAAAACGUUCUUUGAGAGCGAUCGCGAAAGGUGAGAGACUACAGAUGAAUUUAGAUUCUUAGAUAAUUUCUGUAAACUAGUUUCUGCAACUUUCGUAUAAAUUUGAAUACAUUCACACAUCAAAGUAUAAGUUGGUCCUGUUUUACCGAGGAAAUUCCUUCAAGAAAAUGAAGAAUGUUGACGUGUUAUCGACUCUUACAGAGUGUUUCUUUGAAGGAUUAAAUCGAAGUAUACAAGUAUAUAGUCUCAUAACUGUAGGUCCCUGAAAUGGGGGGUAGCUGACGAGAUUCUGAAUAAAAUUUCCCUUUGCAAAAAUGGGAUACGAAGCUUCGUAUUUGAAUUAUUAAGGAAAAACGCGGACCAAUCAGAGCGCGAGGAUUACACCCGCGCAGCCAUUAGGUUCGGGGCUGUCGCUCUCGCGUCUGCGCAUGCGUCUCAGCCAAUAAGCUCGAAGCUACCGCUCUCGCGUCUGCGCACGUGUCUCAGCCAAUAGGCUCGAAGCUGCCGCUCUCGCGUCUGCGCAUGCGUCUCAACCAAUAGGCUCGAAGCUGCCGCUCUCGCGUCUGCGCACGCGUCUCAGCCAAUAGAUUCGAAGCUGUCUCGCGCCUGAGCGCAUCGCGCCUGAGCGCAUCGCGCUCUGAUUGGUCCGCGUUUUUCCUUAAUAAUUCAAAAACGAAGCUUCGCACCCCAUUUCUGCAAAGGGAAAUAUUAUUCAGAAUCACAUCAGCUACCUCCCAUUUCAAGGACCUACACUAAUUGCGACCCUGUGUUUUACAGUACUUAUCCAAGAGUUUAAAUUCGUCUCCAUAUUGACACCAACUGUAUACACGGAGAAGAGCGUGUCAAAGUGUUAGAGAGAUAAUUCAAUGCAAUACAAUCGACUCGAGUAGUAGAAUUAUUUGGAAGAAAGGAGAGAAGAGAGACAUUAAGGAAGAUUCAGAGUCCAUAAAUUCCAUAUUGCGUUUUUAAUCGAAAAAUGUUUCAUCCACGAAUUCCAUACAUCCGAUUCCUAUGGUUUUACUUCUGUACCGGAACGUCAGACUCGAUAUACAAAAAGACUAUAUCGUUCAGUCCAGUAAAAGCUGUGUAAAAGCAAUAUAAAAACUGUUUGUAAACAUGGGUUUGAAAUUUAAAAACGUUUAAACGAAUGCUAUCAUGUUUUUCAUUUUCCAACGUGUGUUUUCCUUUCAAAUAAACAAGAAAACUGUUUCGUUUAAUGGAGUUAUAAAUUCAGAAAUUAAACUUUUUCCAGCUUACAUUUCUUGCAAAAAGGAGACACUUUGAAGUUUCAUUUGCUUAUGUUUUCAUAUGCGGGUAGAAAUAUUUGCUUCGUAAACGUUUGAAUAUAGGCACUAAGCUUUUUUUCAGUUUGUUAUAAAUGCACGUAUCUAGAAAUUGACUGAUUAAAGGAAACAGGAGAUACGCAAUAAUUGAGCGAUGGAUAACGUUCAGAUAUCAAGUGCGACUCACCCCGAUUUUAGUUUUAUUAUUAUAUCGACAAUAAUUUGUUGCCACGAUCGCAGAUUACCCUCUGAGUUAUAUCCGGUGUUCUCGAUAUGAAACGUUCUAUCGAUUGCCAGAGAUUCUGAAAACGGCUAAAUAUUAAUGCAAAUAUUUCUGGUAUUUCAAGAACAAUACACCGGCCGUUUCAACGAUUCAAUUAACUUCCAUCCAGGGAACGGACAACGAUGGGCAAUUUCAAACGGCAGCUAAAUUUAUUUUCAUCGCCACUUCCAGGAUAUCGGUGUUCCUCGGACCCGUUCCGCUUUUAACAGUCCCGAGCCCGUUUAUCGAUUUCAAUAAAUGCCACCACGGUUUCACCGCGACGGGAAAAUCAAGUUGUGAUACGAAUAACAUCGCCCGGAAAUGAGGUGAUAUUUUGUUGAUACGUGGCAACGCUCGAAAAACUACCGACCAAUUAUAGCUUUCGGUCUUCUCGUUUCUAUCGUAUUUACAGAAUAUUUCAUUUUUCAUCUUCGGUACAUUUUUCGAGAACUUUUUAUCUCUGGAGUACAUUUUUUAUCUGGAGGACUUGGUACAUUUUUGUCUCUGGAGAACUUGAUACAUUUUUUUCUCUGAAGAACUUGAUACAUUUUUUUCUCUGGAGAACUUGGUACAUUUUAUAAUUCAUUCCAUAACAGAAUAUCGACUAUCAUAUAAUUAUCCGAUAGACGAGGUCUUCAUGUGAGAAGCAUCACAUGACUUGUAUCGUAUUAACAGAAAAUUUUAUUCUUCAAAUCUUUGGUACAUUUUUUUCUUUGAAGAACUUGACACAUCUUAUAAUUCAUUUCAUAAAUAAAUAUCGACUAUCAUAUAAUUAUCUGAUAGGCAAAGUCUUCAUGUGAGGAUCGUCACAUGACUUGUAUCAUAUUAACAGAAAAUUUUAUUCUUCAAAUCUUUGGUACAUUUUUUUCUCUGGAGAACUUGAUACAUCUUAUAAUUCAUUUCAUAAAUAAAUAUCGACUAUCACAUAAUUAUCUGAUAGACGAAGUCUUCAUGCGAGGAACGUAAUAUAUCUUCAGUUUCAAUAUUCUUGAACAAGUUCCAAUUUUUACAAACAAAUUAUUAAAACAUACACAGGUUUUAUGAAUCAUAAAUUUCUUUAAAUCGUUGACAUAAUAAGUAAUGAAUAUAAAUUGUCAUGAGACGAUAAAUAAAUCGAAAGGGGAAGAACUAACGGCCAGACGGCCGAACCUGUAAAGUGUAAAAUUGUAACUGUGAUGGAUUCCACGUGCCGUCGUAACAGAGCCACAAAUUCCCCUUUCUUUUUUACGUUCCUUCCAGAUUUGCUCUGAAUCUUCCUUACUAUGAUAUUGGUCGUUUUCGUUUUUCUUUACCACGCGUCGAAGAGAAGUCUCGAGGAAAGAUUCCUUCGGAAACGAUUAUUCGAACGUAGAUUUAUCGAUGGAACAGCGGGAAGUUGAAAGGCGAUGUAUCGAGAAUAUUGAGAGACAAAUUGGCCACUUGUUCGACCGGAAGAAUAAAAGGGUUGUGUCAGAUAUUUUAUUUCUUGCAAAUUCCUAUCGAUUGAAAUAAAAUAUUUUUAACGAAUUACAAGCUUCAUGUAUGUUUAACCCUUUCGUUGUGUACACGAUUGAAAUUACAGGUUACAGAUUUUUUGGACGCCAUAAUGAAAGGGUUAAAAAACCUAUUGCGAGUUAGCCACUUUCUGUACCACAAAUGUAGGUAUAUACAGGUACUGAAACAUUGAAUUGAAUGGGUGUUUACACACUGCGACGAGCUAUAGAGUACAUAGUGUGAAAGCAGCGACUGUGAGGGCGCCACGAGCAUGGACGCUUUAGAUCUACGGGUGCUUUCACACUACAACGCGUUUAUAGCACAAAAGAUGGCGUCAGUACAUUUUAAAAACUGCAAAAGUAGCUUCUGACGGAAGGUAAAUUACGAAUUCGACCUGUUCGUAAAUAUUUUCUGUAGUGUCACUUGAGUCGAUCAGAAAGGGUGUCUUGUACACACACAAUGUUAACGACCAUGUUAAUUUGACAUAGAAUAAAUGUAGUAAAGUAAUAGUGACUAAUGAAUUUCUUCCAUCAAGAUGGUAGUAGUCGAAUAAGAGAGUGGUCAAUUUGAAAGAUGCGAACCCGAGACCGAAGGAAUUUUUCCGCAGACCUUCGAGGCGCUAACGUAAGCAAUAAACUCACGCAACGGCUCAACCGUGUACGAAGGAUGUUGCGUGUCACGAGAAGCUGUUGUAUACCAGAGAUGUUCUAUUAUAUUGGUUUGUCCAAUCGGGGAUUUUCGUGACAGCGAAAAGAGGAAGGACAGAGAGAAACCGAGACAAGUGGAUACGGACCGAUCGAUCGCGAGAUAGAACGCUACGAUAUUAUUGUAACUAAUACAGAGUCUAUAUUAUAUUAUUGUACAAGC